AUGUUUGACCUCAAGACCAAGGUGAUGAUCGGCAUUGGCAGCAGCCUGCUGCUUGCCGCCGUGGUGCUGAUAGGGGUUGUCAUCGGCCUUUACAUCAAAGUGUCCAACGCGCUGAAGGCUGCAAAGGAACCUCCUGUUUGUGGAACCAAGCAUACAGCCAAGGUCUUCCCAGGAAAAACCAACCCCAUGGAUUCCUGUCGUGCCCUCCCAUGCUGUGAUGACAGUAGCGUGUAUACAGAUUUCGAUCCCCUGCCACCUUGCUCCUGUGCAACCAAUGAGGGACUCUGACUCGGGAAAUUUGGGCACUAAAAUCUUCAUGAGCAAUAUUUCCCUCUUAUUAGAAUGUCUUACUAUCCAAUCCGGUUCUGUA